CCCAUGAGUCUGUUGGCGGAGGAUAGUGCUAACCCUGGCUGAUCGUCCUGUGGCUUGCCUCUAUUUGUUGCAUGAUUCCCUCUGGAAGAUGGAACACGGCGGGAUUCUGGCUAGUCUGAUACUGGCUACUGUUCUCCCCCAAGGGAGCCCCUUCAAGAUACCAGUGACAGAAUAUGAGGACAAAGUAUUUGUGAGCUGCAAUACCAGCGUCAUGCAUCUAGAUGGAACAGUGGAAGGAUGGUUUGCAAAGAAUAAAACACUCAACUUGGGCAAAGGCAUUCUGGACCCACGAGGGAUGUAUCUGUGUAAUGGGACAGAGCAGCUGGCGAAGGAGGUGUCUACUGUGCAAGUCCAUUACCGAAUGUGCCAGAACUGUGUGGAGCUAGACUCAGGCACCAUGGCUGGUGUCAUCAUCAUUGACCUCAUCGCAACUCUGCUCCUGGCUUUGGGAGUCUACUGCUUUGCAGGACAUGAGACCGGAAGGCCUUCUGGGGCUGCUGAGGUUCAAGCACUGCUGAAGAAUGAGCAGCUGUAUCAGCCUCUUCGAGAUCGUGAAGAUGCCCAGUACAGCCGUCUUGGAGGGAACUGGCCCCGAAACAAGAGAUCUUGAGAUGGAGGUUUCUCAGAAUGCCAUAGCAACGGCGCCUUCCCCUGUGAUCAACCAAUAAAGACGUGUCCUUCAGUC